AUGGUUAUACACCCUCAGAGCAAGAUUCUUGAAACAUCUUCACACCAACAUAAUUGCAGUCAGCACCUGCAAGUUGAUGGACGACUUCUAUCUGGUUUCUCCGAGGGCGAUGUAACAUACAACUCCAUUAAGCCCUUCGACGACCAGAAAUCGAUUGGAGGCCCCAACUUCUCUUUCUUGGAUGACCGCAAGGAAGACAUCCACCUUGUCGGGAGCGUAGACUGCACUGAGACUGUUUCCUUCAUCGUUGGGCUCCGAAAUCCCAAAGGCGACUCACAGGUCUACCUUGAGCAAGAUGAACAUAAGAACGGCUGGACUCUUACUUACUGCUAA